AUGAGCAAAGAUAAGGCCAGCAGCAAGGCGAGGCCGCGGAAGGCGCACUGCAUGGCGUGCUGCGUGGCGCUGGGCGUGCUGGUGAUCCUGGGCGCGCUGGCGCUGGCCUUCUACCUCCGGUACCGUCCGCGGCCGCCGCGCGUGGUGGCGACGCCCGUGGACAUCAGCAUCGACGAGUUCAGCCUGCUCCCGCACCCGGUGCUGAAGCUGUCGGUGGGCGUGCACGUGAUGGUGACCAACCCGAGCAACUCGCCGUUCCGGUACGGCCCCACGCCGGGCACGGUGACGUACCACGACGCGCCCGUGGGCGCGACGCUGGUUCCCGCGGGCGAGGUCAGGGGCAAGUCCACGGCGCGGAUCGAGCCGGCCACGGUGGUGGACGGCGUGAAGGUGGUCGAGAACCCGCACUUCGCGUCCGACGCUGUGGCCGGCGUGCUGCCGUUCGUGGCCGUGGCGAGGGUGGUGGGCAAGGCGCUCGUGCUGCGGGCCUUCGAGGUGCCCGUCUCAGUAGAGACCGUGUGCUUCGUCCGCUUGUACGUGUUCCAUGGCGAGAGCAGCUCCCGGUGCGUGUCCACCGUCCGCACCGGCAGCGGCGCCGCGUCGGGGUCGAGGUCCGGCAACGGGAACGGCUCCGGCUCUGGCGCGGGGUUCCAUGAGGGUGCAGGGCGCGCGCAGGAACAUGACUAG